AGAAAGAAGGACCAGUGAGGGGACGGAAACCCAAAUAACUUGUGAAGAGUGGAAAGCUAGAUGGUGAUAGAGUCAGAACCCCAACCAACAUCUUCUGACGCAUGGAUGAAAAUUUUCUGGAUGACAACAGCCUUCAGAACCACCACUGGACCCUGCCUUUUUUUUUCUCCUGCUAUCAACCCAUCUUCUUUACCCAUCUUCUGUUAUGAAGAACAGGUUGUUCACUUUCACCUGAAACCUGCCCUCCAGUAGAUUUUCUGAGCCACAAGCAAAGUAAGGCACAGAAUUUACAGGAAUAUGUAGGCAGUAGGUGAAGCUUUGAAUCUCCCUUUCUCUAUGAAGAACUAGUGCUCAGUGCUCUGUUUGGGGCAGCACUAGGCCAGGUGUUCUGGAGGCUGGAAAAAUGUCAUUGGAAAAGGUUUGGUUUUUGAUUAGGAAUAUUUCAUUGUUUGAAAGAAUUGCCCGUAAGUAAAAGAUCUUACAAGAUCUAAAUUUAUUACGAAAUAUGAACUAGCACACAGUGAUACAAGGCAAUGGAUAAUUAAGUACUGGAUAGAAGUGAAAGCAGUAAACAUUCUCAUUAGCGUGUUAUAGGUAGAGAUGGUGGCACUAGGAUGUUGUCUUGGACUUGGAGCAGGGAAGAGCUGGAGAAGACUGUCUGUAGGCCCCAAAGGCCCUGAAGGAAGGCUCGGGGCUGUUGGGCACUCUCUCCGCAGAGAGGAUGGUCUUGUGGGCCAUUUUGGCCAGGUUGCUGAGAGAGGCCUUCCCAAUACUUGACAAGCAGGAGUGUGAAAGCUGCUGGAACAUCCUCUGGCUCUGCUGAUGUUUCUUACCGGCUUGCGGCUCGGUAGUGAAAAGAUAGAAACUGGUCAGCAUCUUUCUUUGCAAGACAGAAAAUAUAUACUGAAGAUAUGGCCUUUGGAGCUUCAACUCUUCCACCUCAGUAUUUCUCUAAUGAGAUAGCUCUUCAUCCGUAUGCUUGCUCUCCUUACACCCUUGACUCUACGCGAAGUGUCUGCUCGGUGCCCGGCUCCCAAUAUGACUAUAACCAACCCAGUUGUUACCGAGGUUUUCAGACGGUAAAACCCCGAAAUGAGCACAUGUGCCCUCUCCCACAAGAAACGAAAGCUCUGUUUAAGAAAAAAACCUAUGAUGAGAAAAAAACGUAUGAUGAGCAAAAGUUGGAUGGUAAAAGGGCAGAUGGAACUCUAUCAUCUGAGAGCAAAUCAACCAAAGAUUCACGUCAUUUGUCUGUUCAUGCUGAGAAUAGUUUGAAAUCAGAUGGUUAUCAUAAACGAACAGACAGGAAAUCCAGAAUCAUUGCAAAGGGUGGAUCUACCUCCAAACCUGAGUUUGAAUUUACCAGGUUGGAUUUCCCUGAACUGCAGGGUCCAGAGAACAAUAAUAUGUCAGCAGUGCAAAAGCAACCCAAGUGGGGACCUGUCUGCUCUACCUCGAGGGACAUUUCUCUUCUAAGAGAAGUGGUAAAACCAGCUACAGUGUUAUCAGAGGGUGAAAUGGUGGUGAAAAAUAAUCCAGAUGGAUGUAUGACUACUAAUGCUGCCUCCAAUUCCCCUUGUACAAGAGAGUUAUCUUGGACACCAAUGGGUUAUGUUGUUCGGCAGACAUUAUCUACAGAACUGUCACCAGCCCCUAAAAAUGUUACUUCUAUGAUAAACUUAAAGACCAUUGCUUCAUCAGCAGAUCCUAAAAAUGUUAGUAUGUCGUCCUCUGAAGUUUUAUCUUCGGAUCCUUCCUGCAACAAAGAGAAACACAUUGUUCAUCCUACCAAAAAGUCCAAAGCAUCACAAGGUGGCAACCUUGAACAAAAUGAAGCCUCAAGGAAGAAUAAGAAAAAGAAAGAAAAGUCUAAAUCAAAAUAUGAAAUCCUGACAGUUCAAGAGCCACCAAGGAUUGAAGAUGCCGAGGAGUUUCCCAACCUGGCAGUUGCAUCUGAAAGAAGAGACAGAGUAGAGUCACCGAAAUUUCAAUCUAAACAGCAGCCACAGGAUAAUUUUAAAAGUAGUGUAAAGAAGAGCCAGCUUCCAGUACAGUUGGAUUUGGGGGGAAUGCUGACAGCACUGGAGAAGCAGCAGCACUCCCAGCAUGCAAAACAGUCCUCCAAACCAGUGGUGUUCUCAGUUGGAGCAGUGCCAGUCCUUUCCAAAGAAGUCUCGUCUGGGGAGAGGGGCCGACGCUUCAGUCAGCUGAAGACGCCGCACAACCCCUUGGACUCCAGUGCCCCGCUGGUGAAGAAAGGAAAGCAGAGGGAGGUCCCCAAGACCAAGAAGCCAACCUCACUGAAGAAGAUUAUUUUGAAAGAACGGCAAGAGAGAAAGCAGCAGCGUUUCCAGGAUAAUGCCAUGAGCCCAGUUCUCACCAGUGACAAAGGGCAAGAUGGAGAAAGCGGUGGUGAUGACCAGGCCCCUGAGCAGGUGGACCCCUCAGGUCCAGCGGAGACAGAUGAAUUGGUCUCCUCUACUCCUGCGGUUGAGGACAAGUCAGAAGAGCCACCAGGCGCGGAGCUCCAGAGGGACUCAGAGGCCAGCCACCUUGCUUCCGACCAAGCUGCCUUCCCCAAGAUCCACAGCCGCAGAUUCAGGGAUUACUGCAGCCAGAUGCUUAGUAAGGAAGUGGACGCUUGUGUUACGGACCUGCUCAAAGAACUUGUCCGUUUCCAAGACCGUAUGUAUCAGAAAGAUCCAGUCAAGGCCAAGACCAAACGCCGACUUGUGUUGGGGCUGAGGGAAGUUCUCAAACACCUGAAGCUCAAAAAGUUGAAAUGUGUCAUCAUUUCUCCCAACUGUGAGAAGAUACAGUCGAAAGGUGGGCUGGACGACACAUUGCACACCAUCAUUGAUCACGCCUGUGAGCAGAACAUCCCCUUGGUGUUUGCCCUCAACCGCAAAGCUCUGGGGCGCAGUUUGAACAAAGCAGUCCCUGUCAGCGUGGUGGGGAUCUUCAGCUACGACGGGGCCCAGGACCAGUUCCACAAGAUGGUCGAGCUGACGAUGGCGGCCCGGCAGGCGUACAAGACCAUGCUGGAGAACGUUCAGCGGGAGCUGGCGGGCGAGCCCGGGCCUCAGGCCCCUUCCAGCCCUGCCACUCGGGGCCCCAGCUGCUCUGAGGAAGACGGCCCCACAGCCCCCACUGAGAAAGAAGAGCCACACUACAUUGAAAUCUGGAAAAAACAUCUGGAAGCGUACAGUCGAUGUGCCCUGGAGCUAGAUGACUCCUUGGAGGCUUCUACCUCUCAGAUGAUGAACUUGAAUUUAUAGGAAGAGAGUUCUUUUCUGUGUGUCUGUGUUUUUGGGGUAAGGAGGGGGAGGUUUGAAAAAGACUUUGGGGCUUUUGCUUCUCAGUUCUUCAUUGACCUAAUGUAUUUUGUAUGACUGUUGAAUUUGGAAAUUAACCUGCAUGAAAGGGUACUUGAAGCAGCAUCUCAGACCUUCAAGACUGCAGAGCCCACUCGUACCUACCACGUGGUCACUCAGACACGCCAGCGAAAAGCUUCUCAUAAAAGCCUGGUGAUACAGCUUUGGCUUUCCGAGCACACUGUGGAUCUGGAAAUUACUGGAAAACAUGGUACUUAGAGUAUUUGGACUGCUAAGGAAACUUCCUCUCCGUUGCAGAAUAGCUGAGCCAAGUGAGUGAGUUUGUAGAAAGCUGGGGCUAUGCUCCUGCCAGCAGGGGACAGGCUACAGGGCACCAUUUUCUCCCAGGGAAGGAGCACGGUCCUGCAGGAAGCCACCCACAGAUGGCUGCAGGGACGCUGGCGUCAGAGCAGGAGGGUUGUGGGGGAAGGCCCUUUCUCAGGGGAUAUAGCUUUUCAGCUUCAAGAUUUGGAAAUACUUGGAGGAUUUACUAAAAAGAGCCUCAGAAAAAUUGGUUUUCUAACCUGUGACUUUUUGACACUAUUCCUUUCAGUCUUUAUUUUUCAGAGAAACAAUGUGUAUUGAAGUUCCUAGAUUUCAGUUUAAUAAUCUACAAAUCUUUUCUUUUUUAAAUGCACAUAUUCUGAAUGUGGCUUCUGUCUUAGAGGACAGGAGGACAGAGUUGACUUUCAUAUUUUCCUUGAAAGUAAGAGGGCUUAUUUAUUUUGAAUAAAGAGUAAUUAUUUAAUUUUGUUUCA